AUGUUCUGUCGACUCUGGGCUGUGCUGUUUUGGAUUCUAGGUGUUCCACUGAUUUUGGAUGGAGUUGGGCCAAGUUUGAUUUGUAGCUCACAUCCAACAGAAAAUGAACAUCCUAAUAUAAAUAAGCCUAACAAGGAACUGAUAGUUCCACAUGGAGAACCCCUGCAAAAGACUGCAUAUUCUGAGAUGAGCAGUAUCAUUGGGAGAGGGAUUUCAGCCUCACGUAUAGAUGAAUUUGAAGUGACAAACCUAAUAUUAGCAUCAGAUAUUGAAGGUAACCUAAAUGCAAUUAACCGGAAAACGGGUGAGUUACUUUGGUCUCUAGUGGGGGGUCAACCUUUGGUACAAAUUGAAUCUGAUAUAGAUAAAAAUUUUCGAUAUACCCAUACAACCCCAGUUUCCUCACCUUCAAAGGGUGCCACGCAAGAGCCUGAAGAUACCUAUAACAGGUACAACAAUCCCAAAAUGAACUCAGAGAAUACUGCAUCUCAGAAGAAAGGAAAUACGUACUACAAUGAUGCUAAUCGGAUCAAUAACAGUAGAAACAGCAGGCAGAAAUAUGGAAAUGAAAUUACAUGGAUUGUAGAACCGUAUGGAGAAGGUACUGUUUUUCAAUUCACUGGCCGUAAUGGCCUUGAAAAAUUACCACUCUCCAUUAAGCAGUUUGUUAUGAACUCGCCUUUUUCAUUAGAUGGCUUUGUCUACACUGGAAGAAGAAUCUCAGGCAUGAUUAAGAUAAAUUCUAGAACUGGUGCAAUCGUAGAAACUUUUGGACUGGAUAGUAUCGGCAUAUGCUCAACAAGGGAUGAAGCAACAUUGAACAGUUUCUCAACGGUAGAUUUUCCAGAGGACAGUGAUGAAUUUCUCUACGAAAACUUUGGAGAUGAGUCAAGAUAUUAUGGCUCACAUGAAUUCAACUCGGGUGAUAACAAAAACGGGCCUUUUAUAACGUUAGGGAAAACAGUAUAUGAUCUCACCGUUCAUUCUAAAAAUAAUACUUCGUGGAAUAUUACCUAUGUACAUUGGGGUCCGAAUAAUUUACACACUCCGUUAGCGGAGCAAAACACACAUUCGUUGGACGAUAUAUACAUUCAACCUUUUCAUGAUAGUUCUUUGUUGGCACUAGACGCAGAAGCAAAAUCAGUGAAGUGGGUCUCCAACUUGCCAUUUGUAACUGUUAAUAUUUUUGACGUAUUGCUUCCGGACCAUGAAAAAAGUGAGUAUAUUAUAUUACCCCAUCCGAUAGAUAGCAAGAAAUCAACAGUACCAAGCAGGGAAAACGGUGCUACAUACCUUGACCGUACCAAGGAAGGCUCGUGGUAUGCAUUGAGUGAGGAGCAUUUUCCUUCACUCGUUAGGUCUGCUCCGCUAGCAAAAUACAUAUCAAACGAACGGUGGCGAUUGCCUGCGAUAUUUGCGAAUGAUGAUCUCCUUGAAAUCUCAAUAGCUGGUGUCCAUGAUGAUUCAUUAAAAAGAGCUGACGAGUCUUUAGAAAUUGAUGCAGCAAACAUCGUUGCCACAUAUCCGUCGGCCACAGGUAAUACACAGGUUCCGGUGAAAUAUAGUAGAUACAUAUCUGGGGGCGAUAGAAGUUUAGAUGUGAAGGGAUUGCUUGACGGGAGUAUAUCAUAUAAUGAAAAUGAGUUAGAACCAAACUAUUUAGCCAGAAACCCAACUUCGACAUUUAAAAAUUCAACGUUCAGUCAGUUGAUUUUCCGGGCGCUUGAGAAUGUUUUCGUGGCAUUGGUUUGUUUGGCGAUAUUCUAUGUUCUAAACCGAUUUGGGUUGUUCAAUAAUCUGAUUGCAAAAACAGAUAAUUUUGACCACCAUAGUGCAGUCGAACCUUUGACCGGCGAGAAAGAUAGUAACCGGAUAAGUGAUAACGAAACAUUUGUUGAUACUGAUGCUUAUCAAGCUAAUGCGGAUCUUACAAUAGAAGCAGUGACAUCUGCAAACAAAAUACCCGCAGUAGAGACUUUUGAAGGAGGUUUCUCUGCUAAAGCUGAUGAAAUGCCAGACACUGCAGGUUUAGAUAAAACUUACGAUACUGAGCUGGCGGAAAUAACCAAAAAAAAGAGAAAAAGAGGAACCAGAGGAGGGAGAAGAAAUCGUAGGAAAGAUGAUGAGGUAAUUGUUUCACAAAUUAUCACUUCUUCAAUACAAGAGGGAGAAGAAGAUGAAGCACAACAAGAUGGCAAAGCAUGCGUUCAAACUAGAAAUACUAGAAUAAGUAACAAUUUAGUAGUCACGGAUGAAGUUCUUGGCUUUGGUUCUCAUGGAACUAUUGUUUUUAAAGGUAUUUUUGAAAAUAGACCCGUUGCUGUCAAAAGAAUGCUUAUUGAUUUUUAUGAUGUUGCGUCUCACGAGAUUAAUUUGUUACAAGAGAGUGAUGACCAUUCAAAUGUUGUUAGAUAUUUCUGUUCACAAGAAUAUAAUAAAUUCUUAUAUAUUGCAUUAGAACUUUGUUCAGCUUCACUGGAAGAUGUUGUCGAAAGAAAAAAGAAUAUAUAUUGCAGCGUUGACAAACAAAACAUACUAUAUCAAAUAGCCAAUGGUGUUUAUCAUUUACAUAGCUUGAAGAUAGUUCAUAGAGAUAUCAAGCCUCAGAAUAUCUUGGUUGCUAUCUCGAAGAAAGCAAUCAAGGGACCUGAAAAUAAAGAUAUAACCAAAACCGAAUAUAGGUUCUUAAUUUCAGAUUUCGGCCUAUGUAAAAAGUUGGAAAAUGAUCAAUCAUCUUUCAAAGGCACUACAGCGAAUGCGGCAGGUACAUCUGGAUGGAGGGCACCCGAAUUAUUGUUAGACUCCUCUCCCGCUUAUAGAGAUCAAUCUUUGAAACACAAGAUUCGACUUACUAGAUCAGUUGAUAUUUUCUCUACGGGGUGUGUUUUCUUUUAUGUUUUAACGUCGGGGUAUCAUCCGUUCGGUGAUAGAUAUAUUCGUGAGGGUAAUAUCAUAAAAAAUGAAUAUGAUCUUUCGAAACUUGAUAAUAUACGAGAUUCAUAUGUUGCCAAGGACUUGAUUUCAAGAAUGAUUCAAAAAAAUCCCAGGGCUAGGCCUAAUAUUGUUUAUGUGCUAAAGCAUCCAUACUUCUGGAGCAUUGAUAAGAAACUUGAUUUCCUGCUUAAGGUGUCUGACAGAUUUGAAGUGGAAAGAAGAGAACCGCCCUCUGAAUUAUUAUUGAAACUCGAAUCUAUUGCACCAAAAGUACUGGGGCCUGGUGGUUGGUUUAACAAGUUUGAUUCCGAGUUUAUAGAUAAUCUUGGAAAAUACCGGAAAUAUGAUGGACAUAAACUAAUGGAUUUGUUACGUGCCAUACGUAAUAAAUAUCAUCACUACCAGGAUCUCCCUGAGAGUUUAGCUGCCCAAAUGGGGCCAUUACCCGAUGGGUUUUACUGGUAUUUUGCAGCAAAGUUCCCUCAGAUGUUGAUGACAGUCUACUCGCUUAUGAACGAGAUUCUGCGAGACGACGAGUUGCUGGCACAAUUCUUUAUAUAA